GACAUCAAUUUGUUUGACAAUAAAUUGAGAAGAAGAUAUCGGAGUUUUGGUGUUCGAUUCACAGAAUUAUUAUUUCUCAAUUGCAGAAGUAAAAAAGCUACAAGAAUGGUUAAAAUUGCUCUUCAGAUCAAAGCGACUUUUGAGAACAUAGAGAAACUAUAUACAAACCAUCCAUUCUAUCAAUGGUUUUUGAAACUAAAAUGCGGGAGUUGCGGCGAAGUGACUGAAAAGUUUCACGAUCUUACUGAAGCCGAAAAAGUGCCCCAAAAGCACAACAGAUCGGAAACUAACCUAAUAAUUAAAUGCAAACUGUGCUCUAGGGAAAACAGUAUGGAUGUUAUCGAUGGCAGUAAUGGUCAGUUAACCAAUAAUGAUGUAGGAAAGUUCAAAACAUUAGUGAUUUUUGACUGCCGAGGGGUUGAACCUGUAGAUUUUGAACCCAAGUCUGGAUGGAUAGCUAAGGCAGAAGAUGAUGGUAAAACUUUUGAAGAUGUAGACUUAACAGAAAAAGAAUGGGUUGACUAUGAUGAAGUAAAUCAGGUUUCAGUUGGAGUUUAUGAAUUAGAAUGGCAGUUCAUUAAAGUCAAGUAAAAAAUGUUAUUAAACUUGUUUAAUUGAUAUUAUGAAGAUUUUUUUAAUAUUUAUAUCUUUUAAGGUUCAUAAAUGAGGGAACAGUAGUCUCCGGUAACUGACAACCUAAGCUUAUACCUUCAAAUCAAUUAAUAGUCAAUAGCUGCCUAUGCAGUUAAUUUUAUUUCAAUAUACUAUCCAGUGUAAAUCCUCAUGGUCUUUCUUCGCCCUGGGGAAGGCGAAGGGGUGUGCUGGACACCUACCGGCUUAAACCACUGGGAUGCUUCCCCGUUCCCUUUAGUAAUCUACCGCGAACAAAUCAAACCAUUCCCGUAACCUAACCUAUGUGACCUACGACACCCUUAGUCGCUGACGAAAAAUAGUUUCAUGUGCUCAAUUGGGGUCAGAUAGAGCCUGGUGGCAUUUUUGGCGAAUAAAUAAAUUUUCCUUGAACGCACGUUAAUGAACAAUAGAGACCAAUAAAACAAUCAUUUUGUGUGAACCGGCUGUAAAGAACUAUGAACAGUAUACUUACUUGUGACUUUGUAUCGCGGUAGUGACUUCGUAGACAAAAGUUGUCGGUUCUCAGAGACUGGUGUUGCUUCCUACAUGCAUCAUGUUAUAAUUACUAUUGAAUUGCAUUUCUUUAUCAUGUAUAUUAUUUUGGCACGUAAAGCCAGAAACGAAAGUAAACGUAUUUAUCUUAUUAUAAUUAAUCGACAUCAUGUCACACUAUAAGAUUUGUUGGAAAUAAAAUUUGUACAUAAUUUUA